AGUUAGGAUUCGAGGUUGCACUUUGAAUGUAGUUUAAGCGGGCACAUCAAGGAAGGAGGGCUAGAAUCAGGUUACCUGCUCUCAUGAGUGCAAGCCAGGCAACCUCUGGGUUCGAUCAUUAAGGUACGUACUACCUAUAACCUAUCCAUUUUAACAGACACAUAGGACUUGGACUCUUGGAACGGCCCCACCUCGAGCUUGUGACUGUCCGCCUCGUGAACAAGGCUGCGCCUCGUCUCGAGAAUUCUCCGGCAGCUCGGUUUUCGACUUCCAUAGCCCUUUCCCACGUUCCACCCUGAGAGCGGCGAAUCCAGUGUUCCCGUUAGCAUGGCGGCACCACCUCCGCAACCGCCGGCACGUACCGGCUUGUCACUCUACGCCGACCUCCUCGAGACCGACAGCUCGGCCUCCAUCUCGCGCGAUCCCGUGCUGUUCAAGGAUGAGAGCAAGGGCGACGCGGCUGCAAAGAAGGCCCUUGAUCCAGCGCUGCGCUUCCAACCCAUCCGCCGCCCCCAAGUCAAGCAACCCAGCAAGCCGAAGCCCAUCUUUCCCAAAGCGCCGCCCACGAUACCAACAGCAGCAGCAGCGGCUGCAACUACAGCAGCGGCCGCACCAGCACAGCCGCGCAGCACCCUCGCCGAUUGGGCCGCCACCGAGGAAGAUGAGUACCUUUACGGUACGGCUGAGAAGCGGCAGCGCGGUGGGCGUAGGAGGAAGAAGAAGAAGGCCGACCAGCCCCGCGAGACUGACUGGGACGAGCUCUAUGACCCGGCGCGGCCGACCAACGUCGAGGAGUACCUGCACAGUGAGGAGCGCAUACGCGAGGUGCAGGACUGGAAGGCCGUGCUUUAUGCCCAUCGGAGGCGGAGGCAAAGGUCCGAGAGUUAUGAGAGCGAGGGACGGAGCGGUGAGGAGGACAGGGCUACGUUCAGGAGCCAAUUCGCACCGCCGGCCUCACUCGCCUUCGCGCCGCCACCAAUGUCUCCCCCGCGCGCGACUGCUCCUGUAUCGAACGAUGCAACUGGAGACGACGCCUAUGCUCGCCGUCUAGCGCUGUCAGGCAUGGCGCCACCAUCUCCUCCACCGCCACCACCACCACCGCCCCCUGAAUUCAAACCACCGCCUCAUCCCCAGCCAUCCACCGACAGCGCGACCAUAUCCCGCGCCCCCGUGCGGUACGAAGCCCCACCACCACCACUACCGCCACCACCACCACUCUCGGACACCACUCCAAUGGACCUCGACGACAAGGAAGAAGACGACUACGACCCCGAAGUCGACUACGCGUCCAUCCUCCUUCCUGCUCCUCCCACCAACCCAUCCGACGCCGCCGACGUUGCCCAACAAGAACGCACCAGCCGCCCAGGCCAGAAGGGCUUCGCCCAACGGCUCAUGGCUAAAUACGGCUGGACCAAAGGCACCGGCCUCGGCGCCUCCGAAUCCGGCAUCACGUCUGCCUUGCGCGUGCAAGUCGAGAAGCGCCGGCGCAAGCCGGACGCCGAGGGCGGCGGAUUCGCCGAGCCCGGCGGGCGGGGGCGAAUCAUUGCGCCCAAGGCCAAACCCCGUGCGGAUGGGGAGGAUGCUGGAAAGGGGAAGAUGUCGGUGGUGGUGGUACUCCAGAACAUGCUGGAUAACAUGCCGGACCUGGAAGCCGAAGUCGAGGCAGGGCUGGGCCAGGAGAUUGGCGAGGAGUGUGGGGAGCGGUACGGGCGGGUAGAGAGGGUGCUGAUCGACGUGGAGGGACGAAGGGUGUUUAUCAAGUUUGUGGAGGGGGUGUCUGCUCUACGGGCCGUCAAUGCACUUGAAGGCAGGAUAUUUAACGGAAACUCGAUUGCGGCGAGAUUUUACGAUGAGGAGAAAUUUGAGGAGGGCAUAUAUGAUGGAUGAGCUGGAAGAUGUCUCUUAUCAUUUCGAGUCCUCAACAAAUAGAAAACCAUGUCGUUGUACUGUACCGAAUGGUUGUUGACGCUCUCCUGUAAUGGCGCAAAGCGGUGCACAAGUCGUGGCACUUGGGUUGUCUCACACUUCCCAGUAACAAGGUUGCCUACCUGGGACACAUGCUGUCAGCAUAUGAAUGCCUAUAUGUUGCGCAGGGCACACACACACACACACA